CUAUUACAUUUUAUUUUUAACCGAUAUUAUAGCACCGCAUCUUUUGGACAGACGUUUCAUUUAUAAACCGUUCUUUCGACUGCAUUGGCCGGUAGUGUACGUUUAUUGAUUCGCGUCACCCUGUUUUACCGUUAGUCAUACCCUAAGGCUACAACUUUUUGUCAACGGUGCAGUCAUUUAAUUUUCCGGCGGCCUCUGAGCCUCGCCCUCCACCAGUUACGGUAGAGCAGGCUACACUGGCCGCUGAUUGGCGGCGGCGGCGGCUGCCGGCCGGUAGAAUGACUCAGUAGGCGGGAACCUAAAGCAGCUUUCUCCACGCUGCCGGUAUCCCUGCCAGUCGCGUCCGCAGCUUUUGCAAGUGAGGUGCCCCGACUCCUGAACAAACUCGCUAAACCAAGAUGGCCGCCCCGACCAGCCCGACCCUGAAGGACCUGCCCAAGGUGGCGCCGAACGUCAAGUCCGAACUGGAGGGCUUCACCCCGGACAAGCUGAAGCACACUGAGACCCAGGAGAAGGUGGUGCUCCCCACCAAGGAGGAUGUCGAACAGGAGAAACAGCACAACGCGCUGCUCGAGGGCGUCGAAAAGUUCGAUGCCGAGAGGCUUAAGAAGACCGAGACACAAGAGAAGAACCGACUGCCCUCGCCUGACGACGUCCAGCAGGAGAGGACCCACCAGGACCUGCUCUCCGGAGUGGAGCACUUUGACAAGCACUCGAUGAAGGCGGUGACGCUGGCGGAGAAAACCCACCUCCCCAGCACAGAAGAGAUCCAGCAGGAGAAAACUCUGCAGAGCCACCUGGACGGCAUUGAGAACUUCGACGCCAACAAGCUCAAGCACGCCGACACCGUGGAGAAAAACCCCCUGCCAACCGCCGACGAUAUCAAGUCAGAGAAGGCAGCGUAAGGCGCCUCCCGUGCUUCCUUGCCAUUAGUGUGGGGUCGACUGUUUCGGCGCCGCGCCGCCAGGGGCGCCAGUGUGGCGCCAGAGCUCCAAAGCUGAACCACUGUGAAUACCGCCCGACCGAAGGGCACCGCGCGACGCGUCUUUUGUAACACACCACUGUCUUAGUUAACGGGCUGUCUCUCGCGGCAGAGGCUUGGCGUGUGAUGGUUUGCUGGGUCGGCCGCGGGCCGAGCGAAAAUCAAACGCGACUUUUAGCACUGCGCGAUAGCGAAACACUAGGUUGUAUUGUCGCAAGUUUCCUAUAUGUAUCUUUGUAUAAGUUACUGUAAGUGUUUCGGACUUCAGAAGAAGCGGAGAACUAUGAAAUAAAUUUUGUAUGAAAUGCAAA